ACGCCAGCGCCGCCGCCGCCCGCUGCCCGCCCGCCCGCGGCCCGAUGGACACCGACGCGCCCCAGCCCGGCCUCGCGCCCCCCGACUCGCCGCACGACCCCUGCAAGAUGUUCGUCGGGGGACUCAGCUGGCAGACCACGCAGGAAGGGCUGCGCGAGUACUUCGGCCAGUUCGGGGAGGUGAAGGAGUGUCUGGUGAUGCGGGACCCCCACGGCACGGCGCGCAGGGGGUUCGGCUUCGUCACUUUCCUGGACCAGGCGGGAGUGGACAAAGUGCUGGCCCAGUCGCGGCACGAGCUGGACUCCAAAACCAUCGACCCCAAGGUGGCCUUUCCCCGGCGAGCACAACCUAAGAUGGUGACUCGAACGAAGAAAAUCUUCGUGGGGGGCUUGUCCGUGAACACCACAGUGGACGAUGUGAAGCAAUACUUUGAGCAGUUCGGAAAGGUGGACGACGCCAUGCUGAUGUUUGACAAGACCACCAACCGGCACCGAGGGUUCGGGUUUGUCACGUUCGAGAGCGAGGACAUCGUGGAGAAGGUGUGUGAGAUCCACUUCCAUGAAAUCAACAACAAAAUGGUGGAAUGUAAAAAAGCUCAGCCAAAGGAGGUAAUGUCGCCGACCGGCUCAGCCCGGGGAAGGUCACGCGUCAUGCCUUACGGAAUGGACGCCUUCAUGCUAGGCAUCGGCAUGCUGGGUUACCCCGGUUUUCAAGCCACAACCUACGCCAGCCGGAGUUAUACAGGCCUCGCUCCCGGCUACACCUACCAGUUUCCCGACUUCCGUGUAGAGCGGACCCCUCUCCCGAGCGCCCCUGUCCUCCCCGAGCUCACAGCCAUUCCUCUCACUGCUUAUGGACCCAUGGCGGCGGCCAGCGGCGAGGCAGCAGCUGUGGUUCGGGGGACAGGUUCUCACCCCUGGACGAUGGCCCCCCCUCCAGGUUCCACUCCCAGCCGCACGGGGGGGUUCCUGGGUACCACCAGCCCCGGCCCCAUGGCUGAGCUCUAUGGGGCCGCCAACCAGGACUCGGGGGUCAGCAGUUACAUCAGUGCUGCCAGCCCCGCCCCCAGCACUGGCUUCGGCCACAGCCUUGGGGGUCCUUGAUCGCUUACAGCUUUCACCAACGGGUACCACUGAAGGCGGACACUGUGGCAGGAGCUCCGGCCCGCAGCUAACCGAGGACCACCGGGAGCCAGGAGGGGCGGGUCACCUCAGCCGCAGCCGCUGCCGACACUACUGCCUCCCCCCACUUCCCGGGCCCUGCCGCCCGCCCGGACACCCCCUGGCCCCCAACUAACCUUCCUCUCGUCGCCUCCCCAGGCCCGCCUGGCUCCCCGCCAUCCUGCCCACUUUUAUUUAUUUUGGAGUAGCCAGUCCCCCUCCCUGUCGCGUCCCCCUCCAGCGUGUCCCCAAAAGCUUUUGUCUCCGUGCCUAGCUAGAGGGAGGACAGAGGGGGCUGCUACAGGCCGAGACCCCAAGCCCCAUUUGGAUUCUGCUUCUACCCCUCCUUUCUCUCUUUCCUUAUAUUAUUUUUUUUAAAGAAACUGUGGUUUUUCGUUGUUUCGUUUUGAACUAUUUCUAGGUUUGUGAAUGUGAAGCCCCAGGCCUCAGGAGCGGAAGGGGCCACCCAGGGCCCCCCCCAGCUGAGAACAGAACUUGGGGGGUGGGCUGGGCCUGGCCCCCUACCUCUGGACCUGGAGAGGAGGACAGGGCUCGUAGGCCGGACCAAGAAGGCCUGCAACUGUCCCGUCCUGUAUCAUAUGUAAAUACUGUGAGGUGAAGCCCCCAGCCUCUUGAAGACCUCUCGGGGAUGAGGCAUUGCCUGGCCCCUCCCCGGCAAAGGUCCCCCCCAAACCCUCAAGCUCCCGUCCCCCACCCCCUUCAGACACCGUUACUGUAAGCUUGCAGGCCUCGACCACGGCCGGAGCAGGCCCCAUUCUCAGGCCCUAGGGGUCAAGGCCUUGGGCCUAUUCACCCCCCAGAACCCCAAAAGCAUCCUCUCCCCCUGACCAGUGCUGGAAAGGAACAGACUGUCUGAAGGCCGUCCCCGCUCACUGGGGUCGGGCCUGAGCACUCCACCCCUCCCCGGGAGUGGGGACUUUGGGGGGCGCUUUGGAAAGGGGUGGACCCCAGGGGAAAGCAAAAGGGCUUCUCAGGGAACCCCCAUAUUCUCUCACUGAAGUUUCUCAGCAAGAUUGGCCCAAGGCAGCCCCCCAGAGCCCCUGGAAAGGAAAAGGGGCUCAGGCCCGUCUCCUCAAGCCCCUUGGGAGAGUUUUAACUCGUCAGUGUGAGGUGCUUAACCGCGUAGCCCUGAGAUCACAAAGCAAUAAUCUUUGUUACUGAGAUGUGCGGCUCUUCUGGAACUUUCUUUUGUUCAGUUUUUGGUUUUGGUUUUGUUCUGUUUUGGUGUUUUGUUUUCUCUUUUAUUAUUCUUUUUUUUUUUCUUUCAAAAGUUUCCUAAUAAAAGAAAAGCUGCAUUUUAUUGUUUUUUAUUUUUUCUUCAUUUUUCUUUUUCUACACGUUUGAGCUGAGUCCCAGAGACUGAGCUUCCCUUUUCUCUCCUUCCCUCGAGCCCCCCCUCCUACCCUCACUGGGCCCACCCAUGGGCUCAGGGUCCUAGAAUUCCGUUUUCUGAUUUGUUUGGGGAAUUUUGUAAAAAAAAAAAAGAAAAAAAAAAGAAAAAGAAAAAAAAGAAAAAAAAAGAUGUUACACGGUGUUUGGAAGCCAGCAAACUACCACUCUCCGGUGUCUCCUCUCGACAUCUGUAACUUCUUUUCCAGGUUUUAUUUUCAGUUUUAAAUUCCUAAUAAAUUAUUUGAAAACGG